CAGUCCAGUAUGAGUGCCCAGACGACUCCCGCCGAGCCUACGACCGCCAAGCGCGCCGUCGAGCAGUUCGACCAAGAAUUCCAGCGCUACACGACCAAGGAGUCCGGCAAGAGUGCGCGUGCUGUGGCCAUGGCUCGUGCCGAGUUAGCGAAGUACAAUGCACUGGUGUUCCAGGACAAGAAGUUAGAAGAGGCUGGAAUCAAGAAAGGUCGACUGUCUCCGGAGCUGCGCGAAGCUUACGAGAAGAAAAUUAAAAACCUGGAGGAUGCACUGGACACGUUCCACCGCUCCGUGGCCGGCUACAACCGCACCAAGGCCAUCUUAAGCUUCGUGCUGCUCGUGGCCUUUGCACUAAUGAUGUUCUUCCAGCCAUGGGCUAAACACUUUGAGAACCCCAAGGACCUGACGUACGACGAAUACGCGGCACUCGAAGAGGAACCGACAGAGACGAUCAAGGAGACAGCGGAAGCCGCUGGUCUCAGCGACGAGCUGUAAGUCUCUGUUUCUCCUUUAUAGACUUACUACUGAAUGUAGCACUGAUCUCAGGUAGAAUGAGAUCGAUAGACAUUGAAUCCACUGACUACGUUACCCCAUCAACUUUAAUAAUUUACUUACACGCGUCAUUUAUGCGCCGUUGGCGCGCUGCAUGAGCUG